GUCCCUCUCCGCGCGACGCGGCGUUAACACGUAUAAGAAUAUUGUUCGUACCACGUAAACGCCGGUAUCAUUGUUUCAAACAUUCGCUCAGCUGAUCAGUGACAAGAGAUUCCUAAGCGAAACUGAAACUGUGUCUUAUAGAAAUCAAACCAGUGAUCUAGUGUGUGAGCGAUUCCACGGAACGAGGAUCGAAAAUACCUCUAGUACAAAAAUAUACCGCGUCCCACCGAGGACCACUUCCCACUGUGUGACUGAUCGAUACUUUUAAAUGAUAACAUGGAUUCAAUAAUGUGUUUAAGACGAUCAUGAGGUGUUGGUGUUAGUUGUUACUUUGUUUUUUUUGUCGUCGGGAAGACAGUGCGAGCGAUGCGGUAAUUAUAAAAGCUAGCAACAUGUGGCGUGCGGCGCUGACGGCGGUCGCGCUGGUCAGCUGCGCGAGCGCGAUCGAGCCGCGCUGCGAAGAGAUCACCAUCCCCAUGUGUCGCGGCAUCGGGUACAAUCUCACGUCCUUCCCUAACGGUCUCGACCACGACACGCAAGAGGAGGCCGGACUCGAGGUCCACCAGUACUGGCCCCUCGUCGAGAUCAAGUGCUCGGCGGACCUGAAGUUCUUCCUGUGCUCCGUGUACACGCCCAUCUGCAUCGAGGACUACGCCAAGCCGCUGCCGGCGUGCCGCAGCGUGUGCGAGCGCGCGCGCGCCGGCUGCGCGCCGCUGAUGCAGAAGUACGGCUUCCAGUGGCCCGAGCGCAUGGCGUGCGAGAGGCUGCCGCGCCUGGGGGACCCCGACCACCUGUGCAUGGAGGAGCCCGAGCGCGCGCAGGAGCCCGAGCCGCCGCGCCCGCCGCCGCGCCGGCCAUGUAAGUCCGACUGGCUGGAAUUGGUGCUAUCCCUAAAACCGGGCACUGCCAACUUUUAA